UGCGAAAAGGACGGGUUGGAGGACGAGUCUUCGUACCCCAUGUGGCGCCUCAUAUGAGGUCAGGUCAAGCAUGGAACGACUACCUUUGGCUGCAUGUCUGAGUGGGAUGGAGAGGGAUUCAGUUCCUGGCAUCUCGGACGGAGGCUAUCACUUCAAUGGCAGUGUCUUCGGGACCAGCUAGUAGGUGAUUGGUAGCGGACACUUUUUUUUCUGGGGGGUCAAGAGGUGGAUGGUGCUCAUGUGGGGGGAAGGAUGGAAACGGGACAAUGGGACAUUGGGACUUGGGAACUUGGGAACUUGGGAAUACUGAAGGGGUCGGCCAUUGAGAGAACACAUCCACAUCCACAUCCACAUUCACAUCAAAGUCAAAAACACAUCACAUCCAAAACAUCAAUCUACAACAUCAUCAUCCUCAUCACAUCAAACAAAACAUUUACAACAUUUUUCAUUCUCUCAAUGGCCGGACACCCAGGAUAUGAGGCAAGGACAUGGAGACAAGGACAUUGGCGGAGGACAUGGGAACUGGGAAUGGAACAUAGGAACUGGGAAUGGAACAUUGGACAAAGGAUUGGGACAUGGACAUCAAAAACAAAAAGCAAAAACAGAGGAGGGACACCGGCAUCAUUGGAAAAAAAGAACUUGACAUCAAAAACAAAAAAGAAAACAAAUGUUGGAUCUUGGCAUCAAAAAAGAACAUUGGAGCACGGAGGAAGAAAGGAAGGAAGAAGGAAGUACAUCAACAUCAUGGACAGACAUCAAAAAGAACUUAGGUAGCAAUACAUUCCUUGACAUCAUCAUUCUCUUCUUUGGUUUUCUCUUGUGUAGUGUAAUGUAAGAUGUUCCUUGGUGAUAGACUUGGGUGUUGGUGUUGAUGUUGAUGUUGAUGUUGUAGGUCAGUAGCGAUGUUGUGCUUGUGCAUGCUCGCGUUGGAUAUAGUGAAACGAUAUCUUUGUCCUUUGCACCGUGCUUGCGAUGUUGAUAACAGCAUAGUGAGGUGAGGUGAUGUAGUAAACCAGCCUCUCCUUCAUA